AUGAUCAUCCGGCCAAACCCCCAGUUGGCACAGCUACUCCGGUCCAGCACCCCGGCAACGUCGAUAUCCUACCAAUGCGCGCGCCAACUGCAUAACCGCAUCCCCCAGCGGCCCGUCCCGCAGCCCACGCCUUUCGUUCCGGACGUCAACACCUUCCUCACCGUCAUCGGCCGCAAACUCUCUCAACACUCCGCCAAGAUACCUACGUGGGAGGCACUGUUUAGCCUGAGCUCCGAGCAGCUGCGCGAGCUAGGCGUCGAGCCUGCACGGUCGCGCCGCUACCUGUUGCACUGGCGCGAGAAGUUCCGCAACGGCGAGUACGGUGUAGCCGGCGACGCCAAGCACGUCAAGGACGGCGUUGCAGAGGUCCGCAUUACCGAGGUCCCGUCCAGCAGUACCUCGAAAAAGCCGCAGCUUGCCACUGCUACUUCUUCGCCGGGAAUGAAGAAGAUUGUCGUCAACGUGCCGCAAGGCGUCGAGGUCUCGGAGCAGGUGCUGAAAUCCGCGAAGCCACUGCGCGGCCUGACGGUCAAAGGGGCAAACACUAUUGUCGGCCCACGCGUUGAGGCAGUCUCGGCCAAAGUUGCGAGGGUAGCCGUGCAAGAGGGGCUGUGGGAGGAGAGGAGAGGACACAAGGUUGAUGGUGGCGAGAGGAGGAAGGCUGAAGUUAGAGCGAAGAGACGAGCAGCUGAGAACAAGAACUAG